CCACGGGAAAGACCGGAUCUCCAGGAGGAAAAUAUCCACAUUUAUUGUUAGGCUGUAAAGUCUGAGGAGGUUUAUUUAUUUUUGGACGACAUAGGCUAUUACUUUGGUAAAGCUACCUGUUGGCAAUCCGACACGUCUAUUCUUUUAGAAACAACUAAAAUACUCAGAAUGCAGAAGUGUCUUGGUGUUGUCUGUGUUUCUAUUAUCUUUUCCGCAGCCCUGUCGGAUACUUUUGGAUUAGUGACUGGGGGCAAAGAAAAGCGAGGCUGGACUCUGAACAGUGCCGGAUAUCUCCUGGGGCCUCAUGCCAUUGACAGUCACAGAACCCUCAGUGAUAAGCAUGGCCUAGCAGGGAAGAGGGACCUGCUUCUGGAGGAUGACUUCAAAUCAGACGCUUCGAGAAUCGCUGAUGAGAAUGUCAUACACACCAUCAUCGACUUCCUAUCAUACCUGAAGAUGAAAGAAAUGGGGACUCUUGACAGUCAGCCUUCCUCAAUCACAUCAGAUGAGAUGCCUUAGUUCUCUUUGGCCUGGUUAAUACUGAAGGACUCUGGCUCCAAGACCCUGAAAUACUCUCACCUUUUUUCUGAAUUAUUGCAUUGAAUUAGCUGUUGCUCGCACUACUUUUACCUGUACAUGUAUGUCUACCUGCCUUUACCCUAAAGCUACAGUUUUUUGUAUUUUGGUUGGUUGGUUUUAAUGAAUAAAAUAUUAAUUGGCUCCCA